UCCGUAGCUAACUAGUAUUUUCUUAUUAAAUAUAUACACUCAUUUUCAUUGGAGAAUUCGUAUACCGGAACUUUUUUUAACCUAGAUAACAGCUGAAAAAAAUUCGGAACUAUAUAUUUCGGUUGGUUAUUCCUUUGUAAAAAUGUCUCUUUAGUACAGUGCAGAUGACGCCGGAAGGUCUCACGGCGUCCCAAGAAUCUAGGGGCGUCGAAUCCGUUCAUAUGUUGUUGACAUUAGUUGCUUAGCUGGCUGCUAGCGAUCCAGCUAAUUACCAUGAUGUGUCUCCUAGCUACGUUCUGGAAAAUGCUAUGAUGCCACACGUACGUUAAGUCCCUCACUGCAAGAGGAUCAAAAUUGUCAAGCAGGCACCAUGAGUGCAGCUGCUCUCCAGAUUGGUGACCAGCUAAUCCUCGAAGAGGACUACGAUGAGAACUAUAUCCCUUCUGAGCAAGAGAUCCUGGAGUAUGCCCGGGAGAUCGGGAUUGAUCCGGAUCAGGAGCCAGAACUCAUGUGGUUGGCACGUGAGGGCAUCGUUGCCCCCUUGCCAGGUGAAUGGAAACCCUGCCAGGAUGUGACGGGGGACGUUUACUACUUCAACUUCUCAUCGGGCCAGUCCACCUGGGACCAUCCAUGCGACGAGCAGUACCGCCGCCUGGUGGUCCAGGAGCGGGAGCGCGCCCCGGCCCACAGCGGCCCCGCCAAGAAAGACAAGAAGAAGAAGGAGAAGAAGGAAAAGAAAGUAAAGAAGGGGAAGGAGCUCAUCAAAGCCCCCGCACCCGUAAGCUCUGCGCUGGGGCCUCUGACGGCCCCCCUGGGCUCCCUGGCCCCGCUGCGGGGCCUCUCCAGCGCCCCCGUCCCCUCUCUGCGGGGCUCGGCCGGCAGCUCCGGGGGGCUGGAGCCCCUGAAGAAGCCCCUGGGGGCCUCUCUCUCCACUUUGAGCUCCAGUCUGCUGGGCGGGAGGCAGGAGGAGAGAGUGUCGCUCUCUCUGCCCGGGUUCGAUGACGACGAUGACGAGGAGGAGAAAGUUUCAGAGAACGAGUUUUCUCGUGGGACAGGUCGUCUGCUGCAGAAUCUACAUCUGGACCUUGAUGCACUGGGAGGGGGACUUCAGUACGAGGACAGCGAGGUCAGCAUUUCGGGGCCCGCGGAAGAGAAAACGGAACCAGAGCUCCAGGUCCGGGCCCUGUCCCCCGAACACAACCCGGACCCCCUCUCCCAGGACUCUCUGCGCGGGCGGCACCUCCACUCUUCUCCACCGGGGGGCAGCAGAGGUGGCAGCAGCGCUGAAGCCUGCCCCCCCAGCCAGAGCCCGGAGGAGGAGGAGGAGGAGGACGAAGAGGGGAGCGCAGCUCCUGAGGAGGGCUCGGAGGCCAGCGAGCACAUCGAGGAGGCCUCAUCCUCCACCGAAGACCCCAAGGCCGCGUUCCGAUCCAAGCUGCUGGAGAACGUUCUGAACCUGGAGGACCUCUCUCCCGCAGAACCGGAACCGCCGCUGAAAAAGGUCUCUGAAGAAGCAAUGAAAGAAGUGAAGGAGAAAGAGAAAGAGGAGGAGGAGGAGAGGAGGAAGAGAGCGGAGGCAGCAGAGAGGCGCCUGCAGAGAGUAAGUAAGGAGGACGCGGCCAAUCGGAAGCUCUCCCGGAGCGAGGGGGCCGAAUCGGAGCACAGCUGGUUCUCGGAGCCCCGCCCCCAGGGGGAGGCGUCGGAGGCUGGGUUGACACAGAGCUCCAGAGAGGAGGGCCCGGGUGUGGAGGAGCUGAAGGAGGAGGCGCAGGGGGAGGUGAAGGAGGAGAGAGAGAGGGCCCUGUGGGAGAGGGAGGAGAGGCUACAGCGCCUACGGGAGGAGCUCCGCGAGGAGGAGGGAGAGGAGGAGCGGAGGCUGAAGGAGGAGAACGAGGAGAGACUCAGGACUCUGAAACGGCGUCUCGAGGCUGAAAGAAAGGAGGAGGAGUCUCGGCUGAGGGGAGAGGCGGAGCUUCAACUGCAGGAGCUGCAGGAGUCUGAACUGAGAGAGAGAGAGAAGAAGGAACGCAAACUCAGGGAGGAGGGAGCACUCAGGCUCCAGGAGCUGCAGGAGGCUCUGGAGGCAGAGAAGGAGACGCUGGAGGAGCGGAGGAGGCAGGAAGUGGGGCGUCUGCGGGAGGAUGCAGAGAAAGAGCUGCGGGAGGAGAGACUCCGACUGAAGGAGGAGCGCACUGCACAGCUGGAGUCCCUCAGGGCAGAGCGGAGGGGCAGUGAGAGCCGGGUGGAAGUGAGGAGCCCACGCCAGGAGCAGCAUGUGGCUGAGUACCAGAGAGAGCUGGGUGACAUGCUGCAGGAGGUGAGAGAGGAGGUGCAGAGGGAGCACAACAGGAAGUUGGAUCAGCUGAAGGAGGAGCAUCGCAGCGAGCUGGAGUCCAUCCGGGAGAGACACCUGGAGGAGGAGAGGCUGCAGAGGGAGCGGUUGUUGGGGGAGCUGCAGGAGGAGCGGUCGCGUCUCAGAGCCUCCCAGAGCGCCCAGCUGGAGGAGCUGCACCUGCAGCUCGACUCCCACCUGCAGGAGACCCGCCAAACACACACCCUCAAGGAGAAUGAGCUGCAGGAGCUUGGGCAGCGUCUGGAGCUCCGGGCCAAGGAGCUGAAGACCCAGAAUGCAAUUCUGCAGUCUCAGGCUGAAGAUCUGAGGAAGAGGAGGGAGCAGCUCAGGGGUGAAGAGGGAGAAGUGCAGAGAGGAUUAGAGUCUCUGCCUCGCAUCCUGGAGGAGAGAGACGCUCUCCGGGAGGAGGUGGGGAGAGCGAGGGAGGAGAACCGGAGGCUGAAGGAGAAGAACGACCAUCUGGAGAACAAAGUGGAGCUACUGCAGGCACGCUGUGACCAGCUGAACCGCAGAGUCAGUGAUCUUGAGCUGGGCGAGAGGGCACGGCAGGCCUCCCAAACACAGCAGAGAGAUGAGGAGAGAGGGAGAGAGAGAGAGGGGGAGGAGAAAGAGGCACCCACACAAGAAGCACCCCCUGCUGGUCAGGAGGAGGCUCUGCAGCUGGAGGACCUGGAGCCCCCACCGGCCACCUCCACACCACCCCUGUCCCGGGGCAGCGAGAGCAGCCUGGACGACGUGCGGCAGUACGUCUCCUCGGAGGGCGUGUCCCUGCAGAAGGCGCGUCGCUUCCUGGAGAGACAGAGCGGCAAUCUGUCCGAGAGACAGGCAGAGCUGCGGGCAGCCCGGACCAGCUGGGCUCAGGACCCCGGCAGGGACACGGCCACGCAGGACCUGUUCAGGAACCUGCAGCAGGAGGCCAGUCACUUGGAGCAGUUGAGGGCCACAGUGCAGAGGGGCCAGACUCUCCUGCGCAGGAAAGAGGAGCGACUCAACCAGCUGGAGACCUCCCUGCAGGAGGAGCUCUCCGACGAUGAGGUACUGAGAGAGACGGCGGGCAGGAGAGUGACCUUCGAGGCCAGCGAAUCAGAGUUGAGCAGCAUCGAUGCCCUGGAUGGCACUGGUGAGCAAGACGGCCCCCACCCCACGGUGCCCGCCAAAGUGCAGCAGCUAGCCGACUCCCUGCAGCACAUCUCGGGCCAGCUCAGCAGCGUGCUGGGGGCGCUGGGCACCCUGGCCCACAGGCAGACCCCUCCCCUGUCCGCCUACAGCGCCCUCCCCUUCUCCCUGUCCCGCCCGCCCACCCCGGCGUGGGCCCCUCCCGGCGGCACCCCGCCGCGGGGCCUGGGGGACCCUCGCCCCGGCCAAUGGGCCAGGCUCUUUCCCGGAGCUGUGGAAGCGAACGGCUUUCUCUCCACAGGGAGUCACUCUGCAGCGAAUGGCUUUCUCUCUACGGGGAGUCACUCUGCUUACCCUGCGUACGCUCCAGCCAGCUCUGGCAGUCUGCGCAGUCUGUGCUCCAAGCAGCCCGUUUGUGCGGAGGUGGACAGCCAGCGGCUGCAGGCCCGAAUCAACGAGACCAAGCGGUGGCUGGAGAGCCGCAGGAAGGAGUCCAGCAUACCCCUCCUCACCCGCUACCGGAACCCCCCUUCGCUGAAUGGACUGGUCCAGCUCAGUCUGGACGAGAACAACCAGAUAAAGGUGUACCAUUACUGAACAUGGGGGUUGGCUGAAAGAACAGUCGACGAGGCUCUGGCCGCUCUUGUAUGUGCAUGUCUGUGUGUUGCGUGUGAAGGGGACCUUCCUCUUGGCGGUACGGACCCCAGAGUUUCCCUCAGGGCUGGGGCCCUUCCUCGUGGUGGUUGGACCCCAGAGUUUCCCUCAGGGCUGGAGGUCUCUCAGGUGUAGCUCUGCGUUGGUGCCGUCGCCCCGCCCUCGCUUCACUGGGGACAGCUGUCACCGGUGCCGUUCCCGGACAGAUGCUAGUGCAAGUCUGUCCUCGUGUGAGUUAGCAAUCACUGACAUGCAGUAUUCUGGGACCUGUGACCUCAUUUCCUCGUUUGACCAAUCGCCUGUCAGCAUCCCAGACGGACAUUUUGGGCAACUUUGGGCACUGAGUUCAUGACCUCUGUCCGAAAUACUGCUGCCACUUUACAGUGUUACAACACUUUUCUCAAAGAGAUGAAACCAAGACCUCACAAGGAAGAAAAAUAUGUGUAUUGCUUUUAGUCCAUUUAACACGAUCAAAAUAAUCCUAAAAUUCACUUGCCAGGCACAUAAUUACAUUCUCUGAUUUAAAAUCUCUACAAAAUACCUAAAUCCCUUGAAAAAUGUUUGUUACACAUAAAUAUUGCUGCUAUCAGUUGGAAUACCUGUUGAAACACGUGAGGGGUAAAGUCGCUGGUUAAAAGUGCUUCCUGUUGGUCAGUGUCAACAUUGAGAGUGAGAAUGCCGCUUUUUCUGUGUGUCCUGUGUAGAUAUAUUCAGCGAUUUGUGAGUUUUUACUUUAUUUUUAUAAGACUGUUUUUGACAAGUGUACAGUGCUGUAUAUUAAUAAAACUAGAUUUGUUUAAUCGACAAGAAGCUAAAAGACCAUGUUAUUGCUUAAAAUUGUUUCUGUUUUGUAUAGGUAGGGUCACUGUAUUUAUUUAUUUUGUUUGUUUUUUUAUUUUUGUUUGUAUUUACUUUCUUUUUUUUUUCUGAAGGCAUGUGACGCACUGGGAUUUAAACAAGCAUUAUAAUCCUCCUGGGGUCAACCUAGGUGUCCUACUGGAUACUAAUCAUGCAAUUAGUGGUUAAUUCUGAUCCUCAUGAAUGCUAUUUGGUUGACGAACACAUGGACAGGAAGGAGAGUAAAUAUAGGCAGAAUGCGGAAAGAGAAGGCGUUUCUCCGGCACCUUGCGGUGGGGGCGCCGAUGAGCCUCAGGGCCUCCGGUCCGACACGGAUCAUGGCAGUGCGACUGGCCGCUAGCUCCGCCGUUUUACCCCCCGGGUAUGGGAGGGCUGAGGGGGCCGCUUUCAUCCCUCUCUAGCGACCCCUGCUGGUCAUAGAGGGCGCGCGCGACCUGUUUGUGAAAGCGCUGUAUGAAAGGUCUUCCUCUGACCCUACGCUUAGCUGUUUUAGAAGAGUUACAAUUUUCUCCCAUGAUCACCGCAAUCUCGGUGUACUUCCUGGACCGAAUUCUGCUUCCUGGCAUUGAGACCGAAAGCGUCCAUUUUUGUAGGGUCAACAGCACCAUUAACUAAGAAUUAGGUAUGUUGCGCAACAUUUGCUAAAUAUUUACAGGUUAUGUGCUGGCUUACAGUACACUUAUCAACCCUAAGCAUUAGAUAUGAUAACAUGUCUGUAGAUAUUGCCUGAUUAUUACUAGCCAGCUGUAGUGGGGCUGAGCUUCAUAUUCCGUUAACCUAUCAAGUGGCCUAUAGCAUGUAGGUUGACCGAAAACUCGCCAUGAUUGGACAAAAGGCAGGUCAAUCAACCACAUUUUUGUAUCUGAGCUCGAUCUGUUGCGCUCCUCACGUACUUUGGACAGAGCUUAACAACUUAGAGUGCGCAAGGAGUCCAGUUUCCAGGGAGAUUUGUUACCAGGGUAACCUGUACAAUGUUCUGAUUGGCUGCCACUGAGUCACUGACCAAAUAUGUUGGGUGGAGAAAAAUAUUUGUACAUGAUAAUUGAAGGUGAAAUAUUAAUAUCCGAGGUUGACAUUAAUAUCCAAGUUAAUAUUCUAAUGUUGCAUGUAACGAACACAGGCAGACCUACUAGUGUCAGUGUUCAUCCAUAUUGUUCACCAGCAUUACAAAUGAUAAACUUUUGUACAGACAGCUCUCCGAUCCUUAUGUGUGGGUGUUUGUUUGCGCUAGUGUACUGGUGUGUUUAUUUUGGUAUGCCUGACUUGCCAAAACAAGCUAGACCUUCUAACCUCUGGUUC